GAGCGGCGUGAGCCGCCCGCCGCCGUGCCGCCUGUCCCGGGCGGAGUCGGAGCUCCGGUGCCGCGUCCCGGGGGGGAAGCUGUGCAGUGACAGAGGCAGAUGUGAGUGUGGGGUCUGCAUCUGCCAGGUCACCGAGUUGGGCAAAUACUACGGGCCGCUCUGUGAGUGCCACGACUGGGUGUGUGAGACCUACGAUGGGAAGAUCUGUGCAGGCCAUGGGAAGUGUGACUGUGGGAAGUGCAAAUGUGAUGAAGGCUGGUACGGUGAAGCUUGUCAGUAUCCAACUAGUUGCAAUCUUACACGGAAGAAAAGCAAUGAAAUGUGCAAGAAUUCUCAAGAUAUCAUCUGUUCUGGUGCAGGCACAUGUCAUUGUGGCAGGUGUAAAUGUGCAAACUCUGAUGGAAAUGGACUCGUCUAUGGCAAAUAUUGUGAAUGUGAUGAUAGAGAAUGCAUAGAUGAUGAGACAGAAGAGAUUUGUACAGGCCAUGGAAAGUGUUACUGUGGAAACUGUUACUGUGAGGCUGGUUGGCAUGGAGAUAAAUGUGAAUUCCAGUGUGACAUCACCCCCUGGGAGAUCAAGAAAAGAUGCACAUCGCCAGAUGGCAAAAUCUGCAGCAACAGAGGCACAUGUGUAUGUGGGGAAUGCACAUGCCAUGAUGUGGAUCCAACUGGUGACUGGGGAGAUAUUCAUGGAGAUACUUGUGAAUGUGAUGAAAGAAACUGCAAGGCAGUGUAUGAUAGAUACUCUGAUGACUUCUGUUCAGGUCAUGGACAGUGUAAUUGUGGAAGGUGUGACUGUAAAGAAGGGUGGACUGGGAAGAAGUGUGAACAUCCACGUUCUUGUCCAUUGUCAGUUGAGGAAAGUGCUAAGAAAUGCCAAGGAAAUUCUAAUUUGCCUUGCUCUGGAAGAGGAGAAGAUCAGAUUCAAGAUCACCUGAAGAACCUGAACAUACAUAAGUCCAUGGGACCUGAUGAGGUGCAGACCACGGUCCUAAGGAAUGAUGAGGUGCAGACCAAGGUCCUAAGGAAACUGGCAGAUAUGGUUGCCAAGCCACUCUCAAUCAUACUUGAAAAGUCACGGCAGUCAGGCAAAGUCCCCGUUGACUGGAAGAAGGGAAACAUCACACCCAUUUGUAAAAAGG